AUCAGCGAAGCCCCGGUCCGCGGACGGAGCGACCAAGUCAAACGCACCGUCUGCCUCUGCGCGAAGCCUUCUGCGUGUCUCCCGUGCAAGUCUUUGGCUCACAAGGUCAAGGACUGCUGGAAGACGGCGCCUGGCGAAGCGCAAGCGCUGCUAGCGGCGCUGAUGCAAAAGUGGAAGGACGCCCGCGAAUCGUGUCUGACUGCUAAUGUUAUUGACCUCGGACCAAACCGCUCGAAGAUUGAAGACGGUGCCACCGUGGCCGACGUUGUCGUGGUAGAGAACGUGCUACUUGACAUGGGUGCUAACGUCAACGUGGCCUCCGUGGGUUUGAUUACGGCGCUGGAGAAGGCGGGCGUGGCGACCCAGGUGGUGGUGGACGACACACCGACCGCCCUGUACCCGUAUGGGAAGGAGACCAAGCUGGUCAUGCUAUCCUAA